UUAGAUAAAAGCGUAUAACAAGUAAUGAUGUAAUGAUUCUGAUUCAGAAACCGGGAUAGCUGACCGAGUAGAACCGAACCUCCCCGAGUGAUGCCGGAGUUUCUGUGACGCCGGUCCGCACGCCCCUUCCCCCGCCCGGCUCUCUCAGUUCGUCCUUCCCCUGGUCCUUCCCCCCCAAACUCAGCUACACUACUGGAGCUGGAGAGUCCCCGAACCACAGCACUGAACCUACUGACAGCUGACCCACAAGGAGGGAAAGAUGGAGCACAGAGACAGCGACUUCAGCAUACUGUUAGCCACCGACUCAUACAAGGUCACGCAUUACAAACAGUACCCCCCCAACACGAGUAAAGUGUACUCCUACUUCGAGUGCCGUGAGCGGAGGACCGAUCCCACCAAAAGCAGAAAAGUCAAAUAUGACAAAACCGUGUUCUACGGCCUACAGUACAUCCUCAACAAAUACCUGAAAGGAAAGGUCGUGACCCCAGAGAAGAUCCAGGAGGCGAAGGAGGUUUACAGAGAACACUUCCAGGAUGAUGUUUUCAACGAGAAGGGCUGGAACUACAUCUUGGAGGUAAGAGACUGCGCCGACAAAUCUUUGUUUCAACAUAAUACUAGUAACGAGUUGUCGUGCAUAUUAGUGAGAUUCCACAGGAUACUAUUUUAA